AUGUUUCGUCAUUCAGAUUGAUCACAAUUGUGGAGUGUUAUCGUCCUAUAUAACCUUAUUUAACGAUGGCUGAAGGUAGUGAAGGCACCAAAAAGAUCAGCCUGACGGUAAAAACAGCGAAAGAUAAGCAAUCGGUGGAAGUAGAAGAAGAUGCAAGUGUAAAAGACCUACGUGAGGUGGUCAGUGAAAAGUUUAAUGCGGCUCUGGAGCAAGUCUGCCUCAUAUUUGCUGGUAAAAUAUUGAAGGAUGGUGAGAAGCUGAAUCAUCAUAACAUUAAGGAUGGCCUGACAGUGCACUUAGUCAUCAAGGGCGGAUCGAGCGGAGGAACACAACCCAACAACCGUCCCUCCACCUCCACCACAAGCAACCAAGCCACCCCGUCCACAAGCUCAAACACAGCCUCCAACAACCAGGCCAACUCGCCUAACCCCUUUGCUGGGUUGAGUGGGUUAGGCGGCCUCGGUAUGGGCGGACUGGGCGGGCUAGGAAGCAUGGGGAUAGGUAACCCCAACUUUCAAGAGCUGCAGCAACGGAUGCAAAGGGAAAUGCUCGGUAACCCAGAAAUGAUGAGACAGAUAAUGGAUAAUCCCUUCGUCCAGCAGCUGAUGAAUAACCCGGAGUAUAUGCGUGCCAUCAUCACCUCCAACCCACAGAUGCAACAGCUGAUGGAACGCAAUCCUGAAAUUUCUCACAUGCUUAACAACCCAGAGAUGCUGAGACAGACAAUGGAACUUGCCCGAAAUCCUGCUAUGUUGCAAGAGCUCAUGAGAUCUCAUGAUCGAGCACUCUCCAAUCUUGAAUCAAUUCCAGGUGGGUACAGCGCCCUACAGAGAAUGUACAGAGAUAUUCAGGAACCCAUGCUGAACGCUGCACAGGAACAGUUUGGUCCAAAUCCCUUCGCUUCUCUCAUGGGUAACAACAGUGCUGCUGAAGAUGCUGCCCAAGCUGGCCGUGAAAAUAGUGACCCCAUGCCAAACCCUUGGGCACCACGCGGGUCAACACCAGGGUCCACCACGCCAGCCACAACUUCGUCAAGCACAAGCACCGCCAACACGACAUCUCAAAAUACUACCUCUACGUCCUCCAAUUCCACGACUACCCCAGGCUUGGGUGGACUGGGGUUGUCGGGGAUGUUGCAAAGUCCAGGAAUGCAAUCACUUAUGCAACAGAUGAUGGAGAACCCACAGUUGAUGUCAUCUAUGAUCAAUGCUCCAUACACCCAAGCCAUGUUCCAGAGUCUGUCAUCCAACCCAGAAUUAGCUCAACAAAUUAUUGGUUCAAAUCCCUUAUUUGCUGGGAACCAAGUUCUUCAAGAGCAGAUGCGAACUAUGCUACCCACUUUCCUUAAUCAGAUGCAAAACCCCGAGGUUCAGAACUUUAUGAGCAAUCCACAGGCACUGUCAGCAGUGGCUCAGAUACAGAGUGGCUUAGAGCAACUUAGACAAACCUCUCCAAGUCUAUUCAACUCCAUGGGACUAAGCGUACCACCAGUCAUUCCGUCUGCAGGAGGCUCAAAUCAAUCGGCGACAACUUCCUCCACCAGCUCCACUACAUCAACAGCAUCUACAACUACAGGCAGUGCACCUACAGCUACUCCACCAGGCGGUGGUUUGUCUGGACUUGUUCCGGGCACUGAUGCUUUUGCAAAUUUAAUGUCUACUAUGUCGCAGGCACUAACAGGAGGCACCGGGGGUAGUGGUGGAGGAGGUAACCCAGAACAGCAGUAUGCAUCACAACUGGAACAACUGUCUGCCAUGGGAUUCAUUAAUCGUGAAGCAAACCUCCAAGCCCUUAUUGCAACCUUUGGUGACGUGAAUGCAGCAGUGGAGAGGCUACUGGCCCGACUAGAUCACCAAAGCUAAGACCACGCCCUUCUUGUAUGCUAGCCCCCAGAAGAUCCCUGUUCCUGUAUUAGUUUCUUUGUCUUUAUGGGGUGUCUGUAAUUAACCAUGUAGACCCUGUGUUGUUUAUUAUUAUUUUUUUUAUUACUGUAAUUGUCCAAAAAAUUUGUUAUUGAUGAAAUAGUUGUCACUUUCUGUCUUUGAUGAUAAAGUUUGGCAUCUUGUACAGCUAACAGAUGAAUAAUAAUCAUUGGUUAGAAAGUCAUUUUAAGUACAGUACUAUGGAAGUGUGGUUUGAAGCUGGUGUGGUGCACCACCAGUAGUGUGAGAGGAGGCCAUACGUCGCUACACCUUACUAGUUGCUGUAUAUAAAUACUUGUGGCUCACUGUUAAACUUUUUAAAUUAUUUUUUUAGGGUUCAAAGUUUUGAAAUUUUAUUGGAUUAAAGUUUUGUACAUUUUCCUUAAGAUAAUUUUGUAUAGGGAAGUGCCCCAUUAAGAUUAAGCUGAGUAAGCUGUGAGGAAGAUACAGCCCAGAUACUGGAAAACUUGGAUAUUUGGCUUAGGAAGGCUAUAUUUUUUCAGAGGGUUGUUUAUCACUUAUUGAUUUUCACUGACUUAUAUAUAUAUAUAUAUAUAUAUAUAUAUAUAUAUAUAUAUAUAUAUAUAUAUAUAUAUAUAUAUAUAUAUAUAUAUAUAUAUAUAUAUAUAUAUAUAUAUAUAUAUAUAUAUAUAUAUAUAUAUAUAUAUAUAUAUUGUAGGCAUUAGAAUUAAUAUAAUACAGAUUGUGUACAAUUUUAAACAUAAAACAAUAUAUCUAUUAUUAUACAAAACAAAAUAUUACACUGAUUAUGCCUCUUUGAUAUUAAUUUGGUAUUUUCUAAGGUGCUGGCACAGUGGCACAUCUAUUUCUUCUAUCAACUCUGAAAAAUAAAAGCCCUGAAAUGUAGAACAGUUGUCAAAAUCUGUGAUUUAUUUAUAGUAUUCAGUUAGCUUGCUUGAAUACAGUACAGUACCAUAAUGUACAGUAUUCCAGACUACAGGAUGAGAUUCAGUAACAGGUUUUAAAUAUAGCAUGUACCUUAUACCUUUUUUUAGACUUGAUAAUAUAAUAUGUCGACUUUUAUGCCAUUUCCUGACAUUUAACCUUUAGCAGAAGGUAUACUUAAGAGGGGUAUGUCCCUCUGGGUAUAAGAAUAUAUUUCACAUUGGUCUGCAUUAGUAUAAUGUGUGUGUGUGUACAUGUAAGUCUGUGUGCAGUGUACCCAGGUGUGCACGUCUGUGGUGUUUGCAGUUAACGGUAAAAGAGAUUUUGAGAGUUUCAGAUCCCAGACACUUUAAUUAUGAAAAGAAAAUGGAAUGAAUUUAUAUAAAUGGAACAUGAAAGGAAAUAAAAUAAUCUAUUUGCUCUUUCUGGUGUAAAUAUUUUACAUUCCUUGACCCAUCACUACUUCAUUUUUUGUAUAAGUUUUUAAAGUAUGAAAAAUAUUUUCUUGUUUAAGAAUUUGUAUAUAUUUUAUACUUCAGUAGUGAAUAAUAGUAGUAAUAUUUUUGGUCGGUAUAGAUGACAAAGGCACACAUAAAAGAGACUUAUGAAUCCUCUGAUUUGGACCUGGACACUAAAACCAAGGCUGUACUAAACCUAAUGUAACAACAGUGUAACAUAUCCUACCCUACCUAAUUUUGCUUUACCUUACCUUACCCUACCCUAAACUUACGUUACCCUACUCCACCCUACCUUACCUUACCUGCAACCUAAUCUAACCUUACCUGCAGUUUUAGUAAGAUUAUCUAGGUCUUGGUCAGAGGCUUAAUAUUGCCCCAUAUUAUAUAACAUAUGUUUAUUUUGAUCCAUAUUUGUAUUGACCCUAAAAUUUAAGGUUACUUUGUUAUAUACAUGUAGUUGAUACUUUAAGAUGACCUACCGUUAAGUUUUCAAACAUCAAGGAAGUAAGUGAAUUUUUGGAUCACCUGAAGUUUACUGUAGCUCGACCAUCCUAUUUUAUCUGAUUAUUAGACGCCACAGCUUAUUUCACCUGAAGAGUAGGUCCCCAUCAGUUUAUUACAUAUGAAAAUUUGUUUCUCAGCUUAAUGCCUAUGAAGAUUGGACACUCCAAGCCUAUUUCACCUGAAGAUUAGACAUCAUAGCUUCUUUCACCUGAAGAUGAAACUCCCUAACCUAAACGAAUUACUCUAACCUAAUAACCCUGACCUGACAUAAGUAAACUAACCUCAACUAACCACCCUAACCUCAACUAAUGACCCUAUCCUACUCUAACCAACCUUACCUAACUAAACUAACCACCCUAACCUAACUUAACAUUACUUCAUCAGAUAGCAUUAGGAUGGUUUUAUCUUUAGUUGAAAUAAGCUGGGGUGUCUAAUCUUCAAGUCAAAUAAGCUGGGGCAUCUAAUCCUCAGGAGGUCCAAAAAGAGUGGUGCAAGACGAGUGUAGAAGGUGGAAAAAUACGUGUUAAUAUGACUGAGAGUGUUGCCUCGAUCCUUCAUACAGCUAAUGCUCUCUGAAAUACUGUACUGUACAUGUAGUGUAUUGAAGUUUGCCUUUUUUUUUGACAAUUUAUUCCACUUGUAUCAUCACAUUGAUAUAAACAAGAAUUAUUUCCUUUAGGUUUCUCUUUAUUAAAAAAAUAUUUGCUAACUGGACCAUAACUGGAUAAUAAAUGUUUUGUUUGAUUUAAUGAAACUAAGAAAUAUAUAAGGACAAUCGGGGAGAUACCAUCACAUAGAUAAAAAAAAUGAAGUUAAAACUUAUCUUUCCCAUAUGACAAUUUUUAAGAUAAAUGAACAGUAGUUAAGGAAAUUGUGACUUAGGAAGCUCUUCACAAACCUAAAUUUAUUUUGUGAAGAUAGUUUAUCUAAUCACUCAAAGAUGACCCAUAUGAAACGACAUAGUUCACCAAGUAGUUUACAGUAUACACUUAACGAUGUUUAUACUGAAGUCCUUUGUCAAAUGCGGGUUGGCAGCCCAGACAAGAAGGAUAAUACUUAUCUUAGGGCAUUGAUGUGGUAAGUGGCUGGCUCAAUGCACAGUAAGGUGCACAGCAGAUAACACCUUACCAAGCUUUCCAGGCAUGGACUUGAACCUGAACAUGUCCCCCCUCUAGGGUUCAGUCCAGAGCACCUCCAAUUAAGCUACGGUACCUCGAUAAUUGUUUUCACUCAUUAACGUAUCCCACGAGACGGGAAAUUGACGUACGACCGACAUUUCCUGUAUUGGUUGGUGGAACAUUUUACUGUUAUAUCAAGGCCUGACUAAACCUGAUAUCUAGACAGAAUGAAUGAUAGCAGAUGAGUGAGGAUGUGUGUGUGCGUAUUAAGGCCUCAGUAAACCUUAUACCUAGCCAGAGAAUGAAGAGGGAGUGUUUGUUGGUGUACGUGCCCAUCUUAAGAAAUGACCUCAUGAUAGAAGAGAUGGUGUAUGUGGGUUUAGGAAGUGACAGAUGCUAUAUUACUGAUGUGCUACAAUAAUUGAGUUAUUGUAAAGUUAAAGUGUGCUGUAUUUAUAUGUAUACUAGUUAGUUUACAGUCGAUUCAGAAAACAUCAUGAAAAUAAAUGUGCAAAACAGCUUAAAGUGAAAAACAUAAUUAGAUUUUUGUACAGGCAUAAAAUCUUGAUACAUAGGACAUUUAGAAUUUCAUACUUACUGUAUUAGUUUUAUUAUUUUAAAAGUUUUUGCAUAUGUAUUAUUCUGUUUUGAGUAUAAUUUGGAUUGUAAGUGUAUAUAAGAGUACAAUAUGUUAACGUAAAGAAACCGUCAGCACAAGAAACUUAUUAAAUAGGUUUGUUGAUGAUGAGGAUGAGUUGGUCAUUUUUAGUCCAGAUCAGUACUCGAUAGGAUGAUGCUUGAAAGGAAGAGGCCUAACCAGAUUAAUAGUUUGGCUUAAGUGAAUCAUACUACAGCUGAUUGACAAUUCCCUGUGUAUCUAGUAAUUAACAAGGCGGCAUAGUUGAUUCUUGCUGUACUGUACCUAUAUUGUCAUACACCUUGUUGUACUUAUAGUAAAUAUUGGUUAAUGGUAUCCACUUCCAACAUAUAUUGUCAGUACUGUAUUUUUAAUAUUUACUGUAAGUAGAACAAUGUAAAUAGUAAUAUAGGACACUGGACUAUACUGUAUAACAAAGAACUAUAUUGUUAUAUUUUACGAGUGCAAGGGGGAAUUAAAAUCAUUCAGUUCUUCAGUAGCAAUAACUAAAACUUUCUGACCAACAACAGGAAACUUUUGUAGGAUGAAAAAAGUUUAUCUUGGUUCCAUUUAACAUAAGUGAGUUUACUGUAUCUAUUCUUUACUCUAAAUAUUCUUGAUACUUUCUAGUAAAGUUUGUGGUAGUGACGACAUGAAGAAUAGAAACCCUUGCUUAUUACACCUAAUUAUCAAGUAAGUUUAUCCAACCUUAACUUAACCUAACAUAACAUAACCUAAAACAAUAUUAACCAAACUUAACCAAACCGUUUCAUUAGUGUUAAGGUGGUUAAUCAAGUGAAAUAUGUGGGGGGUCUAAUCUUCAUGUGAAUGCAUUACCUGAAAUUUGAACAAGCAGGAAGGAUUAAGGUUAAGAAAGAAUACCCCACACAUAUCUUGCUAAUGUAUUAAAUUUGCCAAAGGAAUGUAUAGAGUGAUUUGUGAAUCCAUAUUGUUCAGUGGUAAAUUAAUAUUGUCUACUGCUGAAGGUGUCUGUAGCUGAGAAGGUCCUAGUGUACUGCUGGGGAGGUCCUUGUGUGCUGCUGGGGAGUUCUCUGACCACUCUAGUUUGUUUGAUCAUUGAGUGAGCAUCUGAGCAAUUGGAGUGAAUUUCUAAAUGUUAAUCACUUCCUUGUUAAUGUUUUAUCAGAACUAAAUGCUAAACUGUGGAACAAAAAUAUGUUAGUAAUGGAUAAUAUGAACCUUAGGCACCCCAGCUUGUUUCACCUGAUGAUUAAACACCCUAAUGCUAACCUAACCUAAUCUAACAACCUAACCAAACCUAACAAUCAUCAGGUGAAAUAAACCGAGUUGCCUAAUCUUCAUAUGACCCAUAGCGCUACACUAUAUCAGUUUUGAUGUGGAAAAAAAAUAUAUUUCUGGUAUUUUUGUAUGGCAGGGGUCUGAUUAGUGUUUUGUGAGGAGAAUACUUUAUUUGGUACACGAUUUUUCUUGGGUUAAUGUAUAUAGUGGAGUCUAAUGGCCUAAGCACUUUAUAUACAGUAAUCUUGUAGCUCAAAUGGGCCCCAGUUUUAAUAGGACCCACCUUAGAUUAAACUAGCCAUCAGGAUUGGGGACUCCUUAAGAUUGGAGCUUAUGAUGACUGGGGCCCCCUUAAGAUUGGAGCUUAUGAUGACUGGGCCCCCCUUAAGAUUGGAGCUUAUGAUGAUGGGGCCCCCUUAAGAUUGGAGCUUAUGAUGACUGGGGCCCCCUUAAGAUUGGAGCUUAUGAUGACUGGGGCCCCCUUAAGAUUGGAGCUUAUGAUGCCUGGGGCCCCCCUUAAGAUUGGAGCUUAUGAUGCCUGGGGCCCCCUUAAGAUUGGAGCUUAUGAUGACUGGGGCCCCCCUUAAGAUUGGAGCUUAUGAUGAUGGGGCCCCCUUAAGAUUGGAGCUUAUGAUGAUGAGGCCCCCUUAAGAUUGGAGCUUAUGAUGAUGGGGGCCCCCUUAAGAUUGGAGCUUAUGAUGACUGGGGCUCAUUCUGGCAGUGUUCAUUGUAAUGGUUAGGUUAGGUUGGCCCAGGUUGUGAGCCAGUUCACCAUCUCGGGAUUGUAAACUUGUCAAAUAUGAAGAUCAAAUUGAAUAAAACUGUCAUAAUAUUGGUAUUAAAUAUGAGCCUCUUUAUAAUAUUGUAUUUUUUUGUUCAUUAUAGGAGUAAAUAUAUCGGGUUACUUAUUAUGUCUUUGUUCUGUAUUUCCUGUAUGGAUAUUGUAAUUUAACCAAAGCAUAACUGUAUUGAGAAUAAAAGGACUACAUGAUUUUCUGUAUUAAGAACAUAUGAUACAUAAUCUGUUACAUAAAUGGUCUCUUGUACUAGAUGACAGGCUACAGUUAGUGCUUGAGUCACUUAACUAUCGAAGAAUAUAAGCUGCUUUAAACAUCAGAGCCACUAUGGGGCGUUAGAUCAUCAAAGAAUAACAUCAUUUAAUAUCUUCAACAUCAAACGUUUCAGGUACUGUACAGUAUGUUUGAUGGUGAAUGUUGAAGGUUGAAGCUUAAGAUGUUGAUGAUAAUGUAGUUCUGCUCGUCUUUAUUUUGGUGUCAGUUUUCCCACAUUCAAGUUCUGCUUCAAUAAAAAGGAACCUAAACAUAAAUUUAUUUAUGGUAAAUUAAUAUUAUUUUUUUUCUUCAUGUAUAAUGUGAUUUUUUCCCUCAGUAUACAUAACCAAUCUACCUGCUGUACUUCACUUUACCCCUGACUUAUUGCCAUGAUCAGAAGCCAACAUGUCGACUGCUUCUUAUGGUUACACAGAGGCCUGCAUGUGAUACUGUGCUUGUGUGUUAUGUAAUGGGUGUAUUUUGCAUCCUUGGUAUGAAAUAUGAACAUCAUUGUAGAAUAAACAUGGUAUGGACAGCUAAAGAGAAUGAUCUACAGUGGUGGAGGGAGAAUGUGUGUUGUUUUUUUAGUCUCAUGGUAAAAAUGUUUUAUGUCAUUGUUAUAAAAUUACAGUAAGAAGAUUGUGGGCAUAAUAAAAAUAAGGAACUUU